AUGGACCCCUCAACCCAAACAACGAGAAGUACGGCAUCCUUGAAAUGGACCGACUACCUCCUAAACGACCUCGACCCGUCUGACGAAGGCUGGGAGAUGUCCAUGGUCCUUAAGGAGCUGGCCAAGCAGUACGAGGCAUAUGACGACCAGACUCCCCAUCCCUUUGGCGACAGCUACAACAUCAGGGGGGUUCCUGAGGUAGAGACUGCCGCCAACACCAACGCUGCUGAUACCAGCGCGGCGAAUGUCAACAAUACUGUCAACGCCAACAACACCACCGCUAACACCAACAACAAGAAACGUCCCGCCGAAGCCAUGGACCAGAACGGCAACAACAACAACAACAACAACAAUCAUGAUGCUUUACACCCCAACAAGCGCGUCAUGACCACCCACCAGAACUAUCCGGCGCUUCCCCCUGAGACCAUCUUCAAAGUCGAUACCCAAAGUGUCUACAAAGUUCGCAUCACCGAAGGCGAUACUCCUACCUUCAAGUUCAAGUCGAGCGGUCCUGCUAGGGUUCUGGUCAAGCUCAAUCGUGGAGGUGUUGCUGCUGCUGCUGCUGCCGCUGCUCCUGUCCCUGCUCUCGGUGUUCCUGGUGCCGCUGCCCCUGACCCCGCUCCCGCUGUCGUUGCUUUUGCUACUCGCGCUUCUCUCGCUGCAUCUGAAGGCGUUGGUAAUGUGAACCCGAUGGUCACGGGCUGGGAAGGUAUGGGCUUUGGAGACAUGGGCUUCGUAGAGUGGUCUUCGGUUUCUUCAAUGUCAUCUAAUACCGAAACGGACAGCGAUGUU